GCUAUAAGCUUCUGCUCUAUCCUUUCCCCCCACUUUCCGAGACUGUUCAGGACGAACGUGUUGCUGUCGAAUGUGGUCAGGAGGCUUCUGUGCGUCAAUCGUCGUGAUAGUAGGAUUUUAGCUGCCAUAUCUUCUGCGAGAAGGUCGGAAAUUCUAUCCGUUGGCGCGCUCGUUGUAACCGUGGGACAAAGCAUCCAUUCUCCAAAUUCUUCCGCCAAUGAGUCAUCGUGGGAUUUUUCUGGAAGGUUAUUGUUGGCCGGUGGGUUGUUGGUGGUUGUGAGUAUCAUUUUGCAAAGAACAGAGGAAGAGCUGGGGAAAUCCAAGGAGAAGAAGCUAAAGCUUCUCACUAGAGGAACUAGAGAGAAGAUGGAGCUUCUGACUCUAAACUUUUGUGAUUGGAUGUGUCAGAAUGCUUUCUUCCUCUUGCUUUUAAAGUUUUAACUGAUUCACCUCACCCAAAAUCCUGCAAGAGACGAUGCUCUGUUACUCCAAUGGCUGCCUCUGCUAAAAUCCCCCAUAUCCAUGCUCACAGAAACCAUCUUAUUCACCAUUCUGUUGGCAAUUUCAAUGUCAAUACAUUCACUUUCUCUCAUAAUCUUCAAACCCCCUAUCUCUCAAUUAGAAAAUAUGAUGGAAUCAGAGCUUCAAAUUAUGUCAACAAUUGUAACUCCAUCAGUAUGCAGAAUCCAAGUUCAAAUAUUUGCGAAUUAUGCCUUCUUGGAAACCUGCAGCAAGCAUUGAGUUACUUAGAUUCUAUGCAUGAACUUCAAAUUUCUGUGGAAGAGGAUGCUUAUGUUGCUUUGGUUCGGCUUUGUGAAUGGAAGCGAGCACGAAAGGAAGGCUCUAGGGUUUACGCUUACAUUUCAAAGUCAAUUUGUAAUUUAAGCCUUAAAUUGGGAAAUGCUUUGUUGAGUAUGUUUGUGAGGUUCAGCAAUUUGGUGGAUGCAUGGUAUGUGUUUGGGAGAAUGAAGGAGAGAAAUUUAUUCUCUUGGAAUGUUUUGGUUGGCGGGUAUGCCAAAGCCGGAUUCUUUGAUGAGGCUUUGAAUUUGUACCAUAGAAUGUUGUGGGAUGGUAUGAGACCAGAUAUUUACACUUUUCCAUGUGUUUUGAGAACUUGCGGUGGAAUGCCAGACAUAGUUAGGGGCAGAGAGAUUCAUGUGCAUGUUGUUCGAUUUGGGUUUGAGUCAGAUGUAGAUGUGGUUAAUUCAUUGAUAACCAUGUACAUGAAAUGUGGUGAUGUGGAUACUGCACAGUUGGUAUUCGAUAAAAUGCCUUAUAGAGACACAAUUUCAUGGAAUGCCAUCAUUUCCGGGUGCUUUGAAAAUGGAGAAUGUUUGCAGGGACUAAGAUUGUUUGCUAUGAUGCUUGAGAGUUCUGUUGAUCCAGAUUUGAUGACCAUGACAAGUGUGAUAACUGCAUGUGAACUUCUUGGUGAUAAGGACUUGGGGAGGGAAAUUCAUGGUUAUGUGAUGAGGAUGGAGUUUGGGAGAGAUGCCUCUGUCUGUAAUUCAUUAAUUCAAAUGUACUCAUCUGUUGGACUUAUUAAGGAAGCUGAGAAGGUUUUUUCACAAAUAGAAUGUAAAGAUGUGGUGUCAUGGACUGCAAUGAUAUCAGGUUAUGAGAAUAGUUUGCUUGCUGAAAAAGCUCUAUAUACAUAUAAAAUGAUGGAAAUGGAAGGUAUCAUGCCAGAUGAAAUCACCUUAGCUAGCGCAUUAUGUGCAUGUUCAUGCUUAGAGGAACUGGAUAUGGGUGUGGCCCUUCACGUAGUUGCCAAACAGACUGGGCUCAUAUCAUAUGUUAUAGUUUCAAACACGCUCAUUGAUAUGUAUUCAAAGUGUAAAAACAUUGACAAGGCUUUAGAAGUUUUCCACUCCAUACGUGACAAGAAUAUUAUAUCCUGGACGUCUAUCAUCCUUGGUCUUCGGAUCAACAACCGGAGUUUUGAAGCUUUGUUUUUCUUUAAGGAGAUGAUGCUCAGACUAAAGCCAAACUCUGUUACCUUAGUUUCUGUCCUAUCUGCAUGUUCUAGAAUAGGAGCUUUAACGUGUGGAAAAGAGAUUCAUGCCCAUGCAUUGAGGACUGGACUAGGUUUUGAUGGUUUUCUGCCCAAUGCAAUUUUAGACAUGUAUGUGAGGUGUGGAAGAAUGGAGUCUGCAUGGAAACAAUUUUUCUCAGGUGACCAAGAUGUUGCAGCAUGGAAUAUUCUACUGACAGGAUAUGCUGAAUGUGGGAAAGGAGAACUUGCCAUUGAACUCUUUCAGAGAAUGGUAGAGUCAAACGUUAUCCCUGAUGAAAUUACAUUUAUAUCCAUUUUGUGUGCUUGUAGCAGAUCUGGUAUGGUGGCCGAGGGAUUGGAAUACUUUAACAGCAUGAAACACAAUUACUGUAUUACACCUAACUUGAAACACUAUGCUUGUGUGGUUGAUUUGCUUGGCCGUGCUGGAAAAUUAGAUGAUGCUUAUGGAUUCAUACAGAAAAUACCAAUGAAACCAGAUCCAGCAAUUUGGGGAGCAUUAUUAAACGCAUGCAGGAUUCACCAUCAUGUUGAGCUUGGGGAACUUGCUGCUCAGAAUAUCUUUCAAGAUGAUACAAAAAGUGUAGGAUAUUAUAUUCUUCUGUCAAAUCUAUAUGUUGACAGUGGCAGAUGGGACAAAGUUGCAAGAGUAAGAGAAAUGAUGAGACAAAAUGGACUAAUAGUGGAUCCUGGAUGCAGCUGGGUGGAAGUCAAGGGCAAAGUGCAUGCUUUUCUAAGUGGUGAUUACUUUCAUCCUCAAAUAGAGGAAAUAAGUGCAAUUUUAGAGGGAUUUUAUGAGAAGAUGAAGGAAGCUGGUUUUGGAGGUCUAGCGAAUAGUUCUUUGGACAUAGUUGAAUCUUCUAAAGCUGAUAUAUUUUGUGGCCAUAGUGAAAGACUAGCCAUUGCUUUUGGACUUAUUAACACUGCCCCUGGAAUGCCCAUUUGGGUGACUAAGAAUCUUUAUAUGUGCCAAAGUUGUCAUGAUACUGUUAAAUUUAUCUCUAAGGUGGUUCGAAGGGAGAUUUCUGUUAGGGAUGCUGAACAGUUCCACCAUUUCAAGGGAGGCAUCUGCUCUUGCAUGGACGAAGGUUAUUCAAGUCAGACAAAUUAGCAGAGUAAUUGAAGAGAUAUAUAGCGUUGUGAAAAAAAAAAAAGUAUUUGUAAUUGAUAACUAGCAAAACGAGUAUAUAGGAGAAAAAAUGGGCAUGACAUCUACCAAGGGGAAGAUUAUAGAAAAUCAUUUAAGAUAUUUUGACCAUGUAUAGGGAAGAUUGUGGAAGGUAUCGAUGAGAAGAGUAGAAUAGAUAGUCUUAAAUUCAAUAAAGAGGGAUAGAGAAAGACAACAAAGGAAUACUUAUGUAAGUUGUUGAACAAGAUAUCUUGGUUAAUAGUAUUCCUAAAAGAUUGAUUAAUAAUAGAGUAUAAUGAUAUCAUUCAA